AUGCCGGGUCGCAUUUUGGACAUCCCCUGCAAAGUGUGCGGGGACCGCAGCUCUGGCAAGCACUACGGGGUGUACGCCUGCGAUGGCUGCUCGGGUUUCUUCAAGCGGAGCAUCAGGAGAAACAGGACCUACGUCUGCAACGCUGCGUGCAGACCCCCGGGGUCCCUGGGCGCCCCAGGGCCGCCGCCGCCGUCGCUGUCUCGGGUGCUGAAGGCGGCCGGGCCUCGCAAAAACGGGAAGGAGGGAGGGCGGGGGCCGGAGUUGAGCUCCCCCCGUUCCGACGGCUCUCUGGGUUUGUUGCAGGGGGGCUGUCCGGUGGACAAGACGCACAGGAACCAGUGCCGGGCCUGCCGGCUGAAGAAGUGCUUGGAAGUCAACAUGAACAAAGACGCUGUGCAGCAUGAGCGGGGCCCACGUACAUCAACAAUACGGAAGCAGGUGGCCCUCUACUUCCGCGGACACAAGGAGGAGAGCAGUGGUGCCCCACACUUUCCCACCACUGCCCUGCCAGCACCUGCUUUCUUCACUGCUGUCUCUCAGCUGGAGCCCCAUGGCCUGGAGCUGGCUGCCGUUGCCAGCACCCCCGAGAGGCAGGCCCUGGUGGGCCUGGCGCAGCCCACCCCAAAGUACCCACACGAAGUCAAUGGUACCCCCAUGUAUCUCUACGAGGUGGCCACCGAAUCUGUCUGUGAGUCAGCAGCCAGACUUCUGUUCAUGAGCAUCAAGUGGGCCAAGAGUGUUCCAGCCUUCUCCACUCUGUCCUUACAAGACCAGCUGAUGCUUUUGGAAGAUGCUUGGAGAGAACUGUUUGUUCUAGGAAUAGCACAAUGGGCCAUUCCAGUUGAUGCUAACACUCUACUGGCUGUAUCUGGCAUGAACGGUGACAAUACAGAUUCUCAGAAGCUGAAUAAAAUUAUUUCGGAAAUACAGGCUUUACAGGAGGUUGUGGCUAGAUUUAGACAACUCCGGCUAGAUGCUACUGAAUUUGCCUGUCUCAAAUGCAUCGUCACUUUCAAAGCUGUGCCGACACAUAGCGGGUCCGAGCUGAGGAGCUUCCGGAAUGCCACUGCCAUCGCCGCCCUCCAGGACGAGGCCCAGCUCACCCUGAACAGCUACAUCCACACCAGGUACCCCACACAACCCUGUCGUUUCGGAAAACUUUUAUUGCUUCUACCAGCUUUACGUUCUAUUAGUCCAUCUACAAUAGAAGAAGUGUUUUUCAAAAAGACCAUUGGGAAUGUACCAAUCACAAGACUGCUUUCAGAUAUGUACAAAUCCAGUGACAUAUAAAUUCCCUUAAAACAAACGAUCAGGAUGGACAGUUUGAGAAGAACUUUUAUCUACGGAGAAUAAGCCUCAACUAACAAAAUCUACAGGAAGCAUAAGCCUGGAAAUGUUUAGCCUUUAAACCCAUUGACAGAAAAAUACCCAAGUAGAUAUGAUUCUGCUGCUCUGAAGAGAGUGAUUUAGAUCACGGAGAGAAUGCUUUGUUCUACAGAAAAAGUGAAAGUGGUUGGAAUUUGGCUGCUUUUCCUGUUACUACAGGAUGGAGGCAAUUCAGAUGCCAGUCAUAGUUAACAAAGACUGUGCUAUUCUCUCACUGAACUGGCAGAUCUGAGACAAAAUGUGAAAGAAGGUACUUUAGUUUUGUUCAGUAUUUGGAACUGGGUGACCAAACUUGGCUUCUGUUGUAACGUGAGAUGUGGUGGCCUUCAGAACUGUUUUAAAAUAAGCCUAUGUUGGUAAAAUGUUUUAAUACAGUAGGCAACAUUUAAGACCAGGUUACCAAAACAUUGCUUCUGCAGUAGUACAUCAUGAAGUGGCCUUCAGAACUGAUUAAAAAGUAGCUUAUGACAGCAAUUCCAUUCUUCCUGCAAAAUAAACUGGUGAUCUGUGUUGCAGAUGUCACCAGCAUUAGUAUCUCAUAACAGAAGAGCUUUAUACAAGUCCCCGAUCCUUCUCUCCUUCUUACACACACGCACCCACCCACACAGCCCCCAGCAAAGAGGACAAGUCAAGGAAGGAAGACAAAAACAGCAAAACCAAAUCCAAUGGAGAUGACUGCUUCAGUGACCUGCUGGCUGUACCGUUGGCACACUGCUGAAACCAAAGGCAACGGUGGCCAAACCCUUUGUCAAUGAGAUGUGCAGAGAAGUGAAAUGACUGUAAAGACAUGAACAGAAAUAAUUUUAUUUCAAGGAAAUAAAGGUGGUUGACUGAGACUAUGCUAACAACUUUCAGAAGUCUCCAAUGCCUUCUUAGAAAACUCCAGGUUCUAAUUUUGAAGCCUUGUUUGCCUACACCCUCUUACACACAAAAAUGUUAUAAGCUGCUUAUUUGAUGUAUGAAACACGUAGAAAAAAAAAAACUAAAGAUAGCUGCUGUACUUUUCAAAAUUUGAUUUGUUAUUAGAAACUAGCACUGAGAAAAAUCAGCACUUGGACUAUCAUAGAAUGAGUAAAACUUUUCCUGUACAAAGUGGAUUAACUGAUUUGUGAAGUUAAAAAGUUGUACUCAUUGUAUUUACAAAGAAUAAAAAUAUAUUGAAUUUACUUUCCACUGUUAAAAGACACUUCUCAUUUCGUUUCUGGAUUAGUUUCUUUCACUGUACCCUACUUAACAGGGAACAGAAAUAAUCUCUAUUAAAACGUCUUGCCUUAGGUGCUGUGGGGUCUCCAUCAUCAGAGGUUUUAAAGAACAGGUGAGACAAACAUUAAGGGAAUAACUCAGCUACAGGUGAUGCUGCCUUAAGCCAAAGGGACUUGGAAGUCUGGCACAGAGCUGUUUUCUGUAAUCCAAAUAUAUACUUACUGCAAGGUUUCUAACAUUUCCUUGUCAAGGAUCUGACACAGUGCUUUUUCUGGGACAUACUUCUAAACAGAUCAGAUGUCUAACCUUGUGUAAGUUUUCCAUUUCAUGUUAUUGCAGUUUUUAGUACCUGUGAGUUGUGCAGCUCAAAAUGGUGAUGAGUACAAAAACACUGCUUCAACUAAAAAGAUUCCAAAGUUUUAUUAAGGUGUCCAGUUGUGUUAUCAAACCAAAGAAAAGGGUAAGCAACUCCAGUGCACAGGAUGAAGCUGGCAACAGGAGAAGGGAAAUAAAGCACAUUGUUUAUAAGGCAACAAGCAACCAAAGAAUGUGCACAUUAAAAUGACAACUGGAAAUGUACAAUGUAUAUCAGUGACUCAUUCUUUGUUGGUGUCAAGAAACUUGGACUAUGACUGAAAUACCAACUCCAUGGACUCCAAAUACAGAGGCCAAAGUUUUUCCACCCCAUCUCUCUUAAGUC